UCCCCAAUAACACUAUAACCUCAAUUACACGAAGGUUCAAGAAAAUAAAAAGCUUUCACGUGUUACGAAUUGUCAUUCUUUUAAAGCAACUGUUGACUGAGAAGAAGUGUAAAGACAAAAGAGCUGGAACUCAUUUUCAUAGUAUUACAUUGUAAUUAUUUUCAAAGUCAUUUAAAUUGAAAUUUAAUCGUAGAAUAAUUUGUGACAUUGCGAUGGAAGUUGAAGGCCAGUUUAGCGAUGCGGAGGGUGACAGAAUUGACGUGUCUUCAGCUCCGUACCAAACUAUUAAGUUGUCAAACAUUGAAAAAUUGAAAGAUUUGUCAUUAACUGCUAAUGAAGAAGGAGAAGAUGAUCUUGGCUAUGAGGACUCGUAUUCCAGCUCAGGAGAAGAUUACGAAUUCAAUCGCUAUGAAAACAGAGAUUGCUCUUAUCAAAAAAGCAAGAAUUUGGUACGAACUCAAGGACGUAAUAAGCAAGUGACAAGUGAGAAGGUAUCGAACUAUCAGCCGUCCGAUAAGCUUUUCAAGAAAUAUGUGCACAAAAUCAAUGUGGAAAAGUAUGAGGGACCAGUUCUUCCACAUAAAGCUGCCAACUACCUCAUGGAAAGCAGCAAAAGGGCAGAAGCGGACAGAAUAAGAACGAAGGACAAAUGUGACCGAGCCACAGCUGAGCAGGUGAUGGACCCUAGGACUAGGAUGAUUCUCUUCAAGCUGCUCAAUCGAGGAACAAUCGAGUGUGUGAACGGCUGCAUCUCAACUGGCAAAGAAGCAAAUGUCUAUCACGCCACUGCCUUGAAAGAUAAUGAGGUUAAGCAUUUGGCAAUCAAAAUCUACAAGACAUCCAUCCUCAUAUUCAAGGACAGGGAUAAAUAUGUUUCAGGAGAAUUCAGAUUCAGACAUGGUUAUUGCCGACAUAACCCGAGAAAAAUGGUUAGGACAUGGGCUGAAAAAGAGAUGAGGAACUUGGUGAGGUUGCAUACCAAUGGAUUGCCCGUUCCUGAGCCAUUGCUGUUGAGAUCACAUGUUUUGUUGAUGGAAUUUCUGGGAGAAAAUGGUUGGCCCUCUCCUAAAUUGAAGGAUGUUGAACUCUCCACGUCAACCGCUUGUCAACUUUACAGAGAUAUUGUGAUAAUGAUGUGGAAAAUGUUCAACAAAUGCAAGCUGGUGCAUGCAGAUCUCAGCGAGUACAAUAUGCUGUAUCACAAUGGGGAAGCUUACAUCAUUGAUGUAUCUCAGUCUGUGGAACACGAUCAUCCUAUGGCUCUGGAGUUUUUGAGAAAAGACUGCACCAAUAUUUCAGACUUUUUCAAGCGCAAGGAAGUUGCAACAAUGACAGUGAAGGAACUUUUUGAUUUCAUUACUGAUCCGACAAUAGAUGAAAACACAAUGGAUGAACACUUGGAGAAGAUGUCAGAACAGGCUUCAAAGUCUGAACCCCUCAGCAAUCAACAGCAGGUUGAGGAAGAGGUCUUCAAAAAUGUUUACAUCCCACAAACAUUGUCUGAGGUUAUCGAUUUCGAAAGAGAUAUAAAUAAAAUAAAGGCUGGUGAAGAUACUUCAGAUCUUACAUACCGUACGUUGUCUGGCUUCACAACUGAUCUUGCUGUGAAAAACGCUUCAAAAAACAACAAAAGUGGCAGCGAGAGCUCUGAUAGUGACAGUGAAUCGGAAGAAGGCGAAAACGAGUCAAAGUUUGUCAAUUCAUCUAGACCGAGAGAUGAAUCGCCUACAAGCAAAAAGGCAAGGAAGAAAGCUGUCAAGGAUGAAAAUGCAGAAAAAAGAAAAACAAAGGUGAAGAAACACGUGAAGAAAAGGAAAGAGAAAGCAACUAAAGCUAAGAAAUAACACUUAUUUUCACAGAUUUUAUUAUUGUAAAUAUUCCUUUGAAUACAUUUUAAAAACUCA